CUGAUAAAUUCCAUCAAACCCCACUUUGAUCUAACCUCGUUUUCUGAAAGCAGCGUAGCACUUCAAUCAAGCUCGUAAAAUUUCAUCAAAUAGCUAUGGACCCCACCGAAUGCAAUCCAACGGUACAAAUUCCUCCCAACACGUCAUCGUUCAAAUCCUAGAAACAUCUAAAUCGCUAAAACCCCACACUCUGAGAAUUUUUCAAAUCCCCCCCCGCUCUUCCUCUCCUCCAUCACUCUCUCUGUGUCCGCCGCCGAAAAUGCUCCCGCCGGAGCUCAAUCCUCGCGCCCAUUUGCAGCCGUACAUCUCAGCCUCCAUCAGUGCCCCUUCCUUCUCCUCCUCCUCGUUCAACGGCGACUCCUCCUCCUCUCCCUCACUUUACUCAAACUCUAACCUUAGCGAAUCUUUCACCGGCAAUGUUACCAAUCGAUCUCUCAAGAACUCGCGCUUCUUGCCUACUUCAUUUGCCCACAACGGCCGCAUAGCCCUCGCUUUAGUUCCAUGCGGUCUGUUUUUGCUCGAUUUAGGUGGGACACCCGUCAUCGCAACCCUAACCCUGGGUUUAAUGAUCUCUUAUAUUAUAGAUUCACUUAACUUCAAAUCCGGUGCGUUUUUCGGCGUUUGGUCGUCGCUAAUCGCCGCUCAGAUUGCUUUCUUCUUCAGCUCGUCCCUCUUUGUGACGUUCAAUUCGAUCCCUUUGGGUAUCCUCGCUCUGUUGCUGUGUGCUCAUACUAAUUUCUUGAUCGGCACUUGGGCUUCACUUCAGUUUAAAUGGAUACAAAUCGAAAACCCUUCUAUUGUACUUGCUCUCGAGAGGCUUUUGUUCACGUGUUUGCCGUUCACUUCGUCGGCAAUUUUUACUUGGGCGACAGUUUCGGCUGUCGGUAUGAACAAUGCAGCUUAUUAUCUUAUGAUUUUCAAUUGUGUUUUUUAUUGGCUUUAUUCGAUUCCGCGUGUUUCAAGUUUUAAAUUGAAGCAAGAAGUUAAGUAUCAUGGUGGGGAGGUACCUGAUGAUAAUUUAAUAAUUGGGCAGCUUGAAAGUUGUGUUCAUACGUUGAAUUUGUUGUUCAUUCCUUUGAUAUUUCACGUUGCCUCACAUUACUCAAUUGCGUUUUCGUCUGGUGCUGCUGUUUGUGAUCUGUUUUUGCUGUUCUUUAUUCCGUUUUUGUUUCAACUGUAUGCGUCUACGAGAGGUGCACUUUGGUGGGUUACAAAGAAUGAGAAUCAUUUGAAGAGUAUUCGUAUGGCUAAUGGAUCUGUUGCUUUGGUUGUGGUGGUUAUUUGUUUGGAGAUUCGGGUGGUUUUUCAUUCAUUUGGGAAGUACAUUCAGGUUCCACCACCGCUGAAUUAUCUUCUAGUGACAAUUACUAUGCUUGGUGGGGCUGCUGGAGCUGGUGCUUAUGCACUUGGUAUGAUUUCAGAUGCUUUCAGUUCUCUGGCAUUUACUGCCUUGGCUGUAGUAGUUAGUGCUGCUGGCUCAAUUGUUGUGGGAUUUCCUAUAUGGCUGAUUCCACUGCCUUCAUUUGCUGGCUUUUAUAUGGCUCGCUUUUUUACAAAGAAAUCCUUGCCAUCUUACUUUGCAUUUUGUCUGCUGGGGAGCGUGAUGGUCACUUGGUUUGUGGUUCACAAUUUCUGGGAUCUAAAUAUAUGGUUGGCAGGCAUGUCAUUAAAGUCCUUUUGUAAACUGAUUGUUGCGGAUAUUUUGCUAGCCAUGGCUGUUCCUGGUUUGGCCCUCCUGCCAUCAAAAUUGCAUUUCUUGACAGAGUUUGGUUUGAUUAGUCAUGCCUUGCUGCUAUGCUAUAUUGAGGAUCGAUUUUAUAAUUACUCUAGCAUCUACUUCUAUGGGAUGGAGGAUGAGGUGAUUUAUCCUAGUUACAUGGUCAUCAUGACAACUUUAGUAGCUUUGGCCAUAGUGAGAAGACUCUCUGUGGAUCAGCGAAUUGGACCAAAAGCAGUUUGGGUUUUGAUUUGCCUCUAUUCUUCAAAGCUGGCUAUGCUUUUUAUUACUUCAAAGUCUGUUGUCUGGCUCACCGCUGUUCUUUUAUUAGCUGUUUCUCCUCCAUUGCUUCUUUACAAGGAUAGGUCAAGAGCGGCCUCAAAGAUGAAAGCUUGGCAAGCUUAUACCCAUUCUGCUGUGGUGGCUUUAUCGGUCUGGUUCUGCCGCGAGACAAUUUUUGAAGCCCUGCAAUGGUGGAAUGGAAGACCUCCAUCCGAUGGUUUACUUCUAGGUUUCUGUAUCAUUUUGACAGGAUUUGCUUGUGUACCCAUAGUUGCUCUACAUUUCUCCCAUGUCCUGCCUGCCAAGAGAUGCCUAGUGCUGGUGGUGGCAACCGGUCUCCUAUUUGUUCUGAUGCAGCCUCCGAUUCCAUUAUCAUGGACGUACCAUUCUGACCUAAUUAAAGCUGCUCGUCAAUCUGUUGAUGACAUUUCCAUCUAUGGCUUCAUGGCAUCAAAACCUACGUGGCCUUCUUGGCUGCUAAUUGUUGCAAUAUUGCUAACUCUAGCAGCUGUGACAUCGGUCAUACCGAUCAAGUACAUUGUAGAGUUGAGAACAUUUUACUCCAUUGCCAUGGGAAUUGCUCUCGGUAUCUACAUAUCUGCUGAGUUCUUCCUUCAGGCUCCUCUCCUGCAUGCACUCAUUUGUGUAACCAUGGUUGGCACCUCUGUCUUUGUGGUUUUCACCCAUUUCCCAUCUGCUUCAAGCACAAAACUCCUGCCAUGGAUAUUUGCUUCACUGGUGGCUCUCUUUCCUGUGACAUAUUUGUUGGAGGGUCAAGUCAGAAUCAAAAGCCUAAGCCUCAUGGAAGAUAGUGUUGUUGGCGAAUUUGAAGAGGAAGACAAGAAGCUAGCAACUCUGCUAGCUGUUGAGGGUGCAAGGACAUCUCUUCUUGGUUUAUAUGCAGCAAUAUUUAUGCUUAUAGCUUUAGAGAUAAAGUUUGAACUUGCCUCACUUAUCCGGGAAAAGGUUGUGGAGAGGGGUGGAAUCAGGCAUAGCCAAUCUACUCAAAGCAGUUCUGCUAGUUUUCCUACGCGAAUGAGAUUCAUGCAGCAGCGUCGUGUAUCUACAGUGCCGACUUUCUCAAUCAAGAGGAUGGCUGCCGAGGGGGCAUGGAUGCCGGCAGUUGGCAAUGUUGCUACCAUAAUGUGCUUUGCAAUAUGUCUAAUCUUGAAUUUCAAUCUUACUGGCGGUUCAAACCAGGCCAUAUUCUUCCUGGCUCCUAUUUUACUGCUUCUCAACCAGGAUUCUGAUUUUGUUGCUGGUUUUGGUGACAAGCAGAGAUAUUUCCCUGUCACGGUAGUCAUAUCAGGCUACUUGGUCUUGAGUGCCCUCUAUAGCAUAUGGGAAGACAUUUGGCAUGGGAAUGCUGGAUGGGGCCUUGAAAUGGGUGGUCCUGAUUGGUUCUUUGCCAUCAGGAAUCUCGCUCUUCUCAUUCUUACAUUCCCAAGCCAUAUCAUUUUCAAUCGGUUUGUUUGGAGUUACAAUAAGCAGACAGAUUCAACUCCGCUGAUGACACUGCCACUUAAUCUACCAUCCAUCAUAAUAACAGAUGUGAUACAGGUUAAGGUAUUGGGGCUAUUGGGAAUUAUUUAUUCCCUUGCCCAGUAUAUAAUCUCUAGACAGCAAUAUAUCUCUGGAUUGAAGUACAUUUAGACAAAUACAACACUGUACAAUAUGUUUUGGAAAUUUUCAGGUGAGGUAUGUUCAUUCUGGCAUUUUGCAUUUCCCAGAUUGCCUGAACCGGUAAUAGUUUCUUUCUUCAAGGUUUUAUAGCAAACUGUUGCUCCAGGACUCAUCAUAGUAGGAGAAAUUAAUCCUUGAAAUGAAUUGAUGGUUUUGGUUAAGGUUAAUUCCCAUUUUAGUGUUGCAACGAUGAAUAGCAUAGCAUUGAUUGAGCAUCACUUGAAAUGUAUAUUGACCACAGCUUCUGUUGAACAAUGUUGAGUAACAUUCUGAAGAAUGAAGUUACUUUGGGCAUCUGUCUGAACUUUAGUCUCAAAGAUUUACGGAUUUUACUGAGAUUAUGGCCAUGUAGUUGGAAAUGAAUAUCAGUCUAUAGAUGGUGGUAGCCUUUCUGUUGUCAUUCUUGAACAGCAAAUUGAUUUUAGAUCAUGCAUUUUAAAGCUUCCAUGUU